GCAAGAAUAAGAUUGUCCUACACCCCGCUAAUCAAAUAAAAGACUGGCCCGACUUUAACCCCCGCGAAGAUGGGCGAGAAAAGGCAAGAUUGGAAAACCAACUCUGCCAACAAGAGCAGACCUUCCAAGAAUUAAGUAAAACCCAACGAGCCGAAUUAGAAGAAAAAGUCGAAGCAUUACGCCAACG